AUGGGCCUCUUCUCUCGCGCGAAGCUGCGCAGCGUGGACUUUUACCGCAAGAUCCCGCGUGACAUGUCCGAGGGCACCGUCCCCGGGAGCGUGAUCUCCAUCGGAAGCGCGCUGCUGAUCGCGCUCCUCCUCGUCUCCGAGAUCGGACGCUACGCGACGCCGACGUGGAAGACCAAGGUGGUCGUCGACCGAAGCCUGGACGGGGACAUGAUGAAGAUCAACUUCAACGUGUCUUUCCCCGCGCUGUCGUGCGAGUUCGCGAGCGUGGACGUGGGCGACGCGAUGGGACUGAAUCGGUACAACCUCACGAAGACCGUCUUCAAGCGCGCGCUCGCUCGCGACGGCACGCCGCUCGGCGCGAUCGAGUGGGAUCGCGAUCGCGGGCCGAACGCGCACGGGAGGCACGCGGACGACGACGAGCACGCGGGCGCGCCCGUGCACGACCUCGACCCGCGGUCGUUCGAGAAGCACAAAAAGGCAUCCACGGUGCUGCUCGUGAACUACCACGCGCCGUGGUGCCCGUGGUGCCGCCGGUUAGAGCCGACGUGGGAGGCGGCGGGGAUUAAGGUGCACUCGAAGUAUCCGAAAGGGUCGAGAAAUCGCGUCGUGCUCGCCAAGGUGGACUGCACGCGGCAUCUCAACCUGUGCACGCGGGAACAAGUCACCGGGUAUCCCACGAUUCGCGUCUACACCGAAGGCAGCGACGACGUCGCCAUCGGGAACCAGCACGACCACGCGUCCUACCACGGCGACCGCACGUUGGAGGCGAUCACGGAGUUCGCGUUCCACCUCCUCCCGGACUGGAAGAUCGAAGAGGCGGACAAGACGGAGUCGCGCGCGGUGGUGACCAGAGAGGAAGCGCUCCGGCACGAGAGCGUGCGCGCGGUGAAAGGGCCGGGGUGCUCCGUCACCGGAUUCGUUCUCGCGAAGAAAGUCCCCGGACACGUGUGGAUCACCGCGAACUCGAACUCGCACUCGUUCCACCCGGAGGAGAUGAACAUGACGCACACGGUGAACCACCUCUUCUUCGGGAACCAGCUCGGGCGGAAUAAACUGAAAGCGCUCGAGCGGAGAGAGAGAGGGGCGUCGUCGAACUGGCACGACAAGCUCGCCGGAGUCACGUUCCGCAGCCUGCAGACGAACGUGACGCACGAGCACUACCUUCAGACGGUGCUCACGACGUUGCGGCCCGCGGGGUCGUACGUCGCGUAUCACGCGUACGAGUACACGCAGCACUCGCACGCGUUGGUGACGACGAGGGAGCUGCCGCGGGCGAAAUUUCACUUCAACCCGAGCCCGGUGCAGGUGGUCGUGACGGAGGAGAGAGAGCCGUUUUAUCACUUCAUCACGACGCUCAUGGCGAUCGUCGGCGGGGUGUACAGCGUCUGCGGCAUCGCGGACGGGUUCGUGCACAACACCCUGAACAUGAUGCGGAAGUUUGAGCUCGGGAAGCAAGGGUGA